CCUGUUCCCUUAAUGCUCUGGGCCCAAGCCAAGCAGUUUUUGCUCUGAGAGAAGAAACAUCACCUCAGAGGCUCUCGGUGACUGGGGUGCUGGUAGCACUGCACUGUACCUCCCUCAUGUUGGCUGACCUGCUUUCCAAAACCUUGUCGCCAGCACUGCCAUUAAUGCUACAGACACUUACUAUUUGUUGGGGGAUACCGCUUUGUUUAGGAAUCUUUUUCCAGUCUCUAAAGAAACUCUACUCCUCCCACAGGACUCCACUACCAAGGUGGAGUGCCCCCAAGCGCUUAGAAAACAGUGUCAGGCAUGUGCUAUUGAUGUGCGCCCUCCUCGGAGUGCUCUCCUGUGCUUUGCAAAUCUAUAGUUUUCUCUGGCUGUAUAGGUUACUUGGUGACUGGCGCAGAUUUGGGUGGGGCUGGUGGCUAGUGCAGCUCUCUGCACGACUGCUUGAGCUGGCCUGGAGUUUCUCUCUUCUACUGCUGGGAUCUCAGGUGUUCUGGAGACCACAAGGAAGUAAGCAGACAGGGAAGAGGAAACCGGUGUCACGCUGGAACAAGCUGUUGGACAGGUUACCAGUGGGGCCUUCGAGGAGACCGGAUAAGAACUGGGCUAAACUGUUGCCCAAUAACUGGCAAGGUCACAAGCAGUCCCGUGCAAAUGUCAGCCAGUCAGUCCGAAGCCAAGCAACUCCAGCAACCUCAAUAAUGACUGUGCAUGACAACGCUGGAGUUAUUGGUGGAGGUGUCCUAUACAGCAGCGGUUAUGACCACCAUGCCUCACUUCUGUGGACUAGUGGUGUGGAAUGGCAAGAACAUGAGUGCUUUCUCUCACUUAUUGAGUUUGACCUUCACCCCCCUUCACCCAUCAACCUCCAUCACAGCAUUAACAAUGCCCUCCAUCAUGCCCACUUGCUUGGUGUAGGUAACCUUUUCAGCCCUUCAGGACCCUCCUGGACUCAAAAUGAAGGAUCAGGUGGACCACUCUGCGAUACUGUUGUAUCACCCACCAGCCCAACUAACAAAGCCUAUAGGUGGGCUUUAGAUAAUAGCUUGAGUCCUCACUCCCCUCAGCAUCUUGGGACUGCAGUGCAGCAGACUCAAGUGUCUGUGAUUGAGCCUCUGGCUUCUUUAACUCCAGAGACCGUUAGAAAAGUGUGGGAGAGAGAUGUGGCCAUCCCAAGAGUCACUGUGUAUGAUGACUGCACCAGCAUAGCAAGUGAAGAUGACAUCACUAGUCUAAACUAAUAAGAA